AUGAGGAUAGAUCACCCCUUAUUGACAGAGAAACCUGUGUUAGUCCAACCAUGCAAGGAUCAAAGCCAUGGCCAGGACAAAAUCAACAGCGAGGUUGGAGUGUUAUCCAAACCAAGCACAUCAGAAACAUCUCACGACUUUUGCAACCACUCUGAGUCCUUCAGGAAGCUUGUGGAGAUCGGUUUGCCGUGGAACGAGUCAGUGGUGGAAAAACUGUGUUGGUUGCGAUCCCAAAUCAUUGGUUACGAUGCAGAGUUUGAUUCCCCAUUUGGAAAAAGAAAAGUUGUCUAUGCUGACCACACUGCUUCAGGCCGCAGCCUUCACUAUAACGAGAAUUUCAUCAUCAAUCACCUUCUUCCUUUCUAUGGUAACACGCACACAUGCGACAGUUACGUGGGAAGCAGGACAACAAAAAUGGUAAACGAAGCAAGUGAUUACAUUAAGAAAUGUUUAGGUGGUGGGGAAGAUGAUGCACUUAUAUUAUGUGGCUCGGGCACAACUGCAGCUAUCAAGAGGCUGCAAGAAGUGAUGGGGAUCACUGUGCCCUCUAUUUUGAGAGAAAGAGUUUUGAAGAGUCUGAACACAGAAGAAAGAUGGGUGGUUUUUGUUGGACCACAUGAGCACCAUUCAAACCUUCUUUCUUGGAGGCAAAGUUUGGCUGAGGUGGUAGAGAUUGAUCUUGAUGACGAAGGAUUGCUCGACAUGGAUGCUCUAAGGAUACAACUUGAGGCCUACAAAGAUACCAACCGCCCCAUGUUGGGAUCAUUUUCAGCUUGUAGCAAUGUCUCGGGAAUCUACUCAGAUACACGUGCAGUUGCUCAGCUUCUUCAUCAGUACAGAGCCUUUGCAUGCUUUGAUUUUGCUGCAAGUGGUCCAUACGUGGAGAUUGACAUGAGGUCUGGGGAGAGUGAUGGGUAUGAUGCAGUGUUCCUGAGUCCACAUAAGUUUCUUGGUGGUCCUGACUCUCCAGGGGUUCUCCUCAUGAACAAGGCCCUUUAUCUGCUAGGAUCUUCACCGCCGUCCACUUGUGGAGGUGGAACCGUGAGUUAUGUCAAUGGCUUUAAUGAACAGGAAACAUUAUACCUGGAGAACAUAGAGGAAAGGGAAACUGGGGGCACGCCUCCAAUAACCCAGACAGUGAGAGCAGCAUUGGCAUUUUGGGUGAAAGAAUACAUAAGCUGUGAAGAGAUUGAAAAAUGUGAACAACUGUACAUCAACAAAGCACUUCAGAGGCUUGGCUCAAACCCCAACAUUGAGGUUCUAGGAAACUUGAAGGCCAAGAGACAAGCUAUAUUGUCAUUUCUGAUUUACUCCACCACCAAUUGUUCCUCAGCUGGUGAGUGGAGGGAUGGAAACCAGAAAAAUGAAGGGGAACUUGAUUUGUGGGCAGAAACGGGGAACCAAAGAGGGAAACCACUUCAUGGUCCUUUUGUUGCAACAUUGCUCAAUGACCUCUUUGGAAUCCAAGCUCGUGGAGGGUGUGCUUGUGCUGGACCUUAUGGCCACCAAUUGCUCCACAUCAACAAGCCUCAAUCACUUGCCAUUAGAUCAGCAAUUCAAGAGGGUUACAUUGGAGUAAAGCCAGGGUGGACUAGAGUUAGUUUUCCUUACUACAUGAGUGAAGAGGAUUUUGAGUACAUUCUGAAAGCCAUAGAGUUUUUAGCUGUGUAUGGCCAACGAUUCUUUCCCCUUUAUAGCUUCAAUUUGAGAAAUGGGAGCUGGAGGUUGAAGACAGAGAAAAUUGAAGCUCUAACCAAGGAAGGAAUUUGCAACUUUCCGAGUCAUAAUAUUGCAGCUAAACAAGUUGGGGUGAUGAAAAGGAGCGAAUCAUACUUUGAGGUGGCUAAAUGUAUUGCUACUAGCCUCCCAAAAUUCCCUUCUCAGCGAAUACUCGAUGUGGAACUAGAUCCAAAAAUCUUCCGCUUUAGGCUACAGUUUCGGGUGCCUGGAAAAUUGAAAGCGUUGCACUGUUAUUUUAUUCGCUUGACUAGUGCAAAGGCUUCUGCUCAGUAUCUUGGUGUUCGGGUUUUCCACUAG